CAUAAGCCCAGGGGUCGUUCCAUUCCUGACCCAUCAAUGACUAUGGGCCUGAUCUAACUUUCUUGGGCCAGACUGCUGUCGGCGUCGAUUAGUAGUUAACCCACUCCCGCCGGCGAGCGGUUGAUGGAAAACGGCAAAACUCCCCGGCUUUCCCCCUUCAUCCUUACAAGAACAAAAACCGUUUCUGUGUUCCCUCCUUUCUCUGUCUCUAACGGUUACCGGAAAUUAACGACUGCCUCCGUUUUCCUCUCGUUUCCGAAGCAAUGUCCGACGCUUACUGGAGAUACGCCGACCCGCGGCAGCCUCCUCAGCCGUCGUUGUCGCAGCAACCGCAACAUCAACAGCAACAGCAGUACCAGCAGCAGCAGCAGCCCCCGAUGUCUUCUUUCGUCGGGAAACGCCCACGUACCGGAGAAUAUGAUGUUCCUGGUGGGCGUGAUCUCUCUAAUUACUAUGGCCGUGAAGAUGAAAGAGGUGGUGGUGGUGGUGGUGGUGGUGGUGUUCGAGUAAUUAGAGAUACAGAUGCCCUUGGAUCAUCUUAUGAUCGUUACCUACGCAGUGUGCAAGCUCCGUCGUAUGGUGGUAAUGGACAAUCUGCUAGACCCAUGGGUGCAGGAAUGGGAAGCAUGGAGCCCGGGGGUGCUUCAAUGAAUGACAGAAACCUUGGAUUUGGUGGUGGAAGGAGUGAUCUUUCACUCCCUCCUGAUGCUAGCAGUACACUGUUUGUGGAGGGUUUGCCCUCCGAUUGUACAAGGCGUGAAGUUUCUCAUAUAUUUCGGCCGUUUGUUGGUUACAAAGAAGUUCGACUAGUAAGCAAGGAGUCAAGACGCCCUGGGGGAGAUCCAUUGAUCCUAUGCUUUGUUGACUUUAUGAGUCCUGCCCAUGCUGCCACCGCUCUGGAUGCCUUGCAAGGUUAUAUGUUUGACGAGCACGAUCAUGAUUCACUCCAAUUAAGGUUGCAAUUUGCUCGCUAUCCUGGUGCGAGGUCAGGUAGCGGGCAUCGUGGCAAGCGUUGAGUGACAGGAUGAUUUUGGCAGGUGACUAGUGCUUACUACACUUACUAAUCCCGCUCGACCUCUUACUACUGUUCCUGCAGUCGUCAAUUAAGUAACGAUGAAUUCCGCUAAAAUCAUCCAAACGUCUCUGUAGGACUCGGCUAAACGACAGCCUCGCUUCGAGUAUUAUGCGAUUUCCCUAAUGGAUGCGUUCACUAGGUCGAUAAACUCGAUAAUGUGUCUUCCAGUGCCGGUGGAUGUAGACGUCAUACCUUUUCUGUUGAGAGAGUUGGAAAGUUUUCGCUUUGAAUAAUGAUCUAGAGUUCUGGUAAAGUUCUGGAGGAUUUGUUGUUCCUUCCUUUGCCAUUGCGAUAAACGUUUCUCUAUGUAUUGAUAUUUACGACUAGGAGGUAAUCUCAGGGAAGAUAUACUUAUUCAAGCAAGCACAUAACUCAGAGAGUGCAUGAAGAAUGAGUUAUGUAUACUACUAUGAGUUGCCUGCCUAUAGAUCUUGUUCUUGUGCUACUCUAUUGAUGCUAACCCUUCUUUAUUAAGAAUUAUCCAGAAAUUCAAUCCUUUUCUGAUUGCAUAGGUAGAAUGUUUAUUGGACAUGCUGUUUUAUUGCUCCUUGAACUUGAAGAUGUGUUUCUGCUAGUUAGCACCUCGCCAUUGUCUGCCCCUUGUCUAUCUUUUCAGGAAUAAGUGAUUAUUGCAGGUCUGUCGCAUAUGUGUUGUUCUAACUAGUCACUUAUAGGCUUAAUAGUUUAGCAAUCUAUUUGUCAAGGGUGUGUGCUUGGUUAGUGUUUACACAGUUAGAACGGCUUCUUUUGCAGCAUAUGUUGGAAUGCCAUGCCACAACAGUAGUAUUCCACUUCUCUCUGCACUAGAAGUGUUUGCAGUUCUGGAUUACACUCCACUAGACCACUACUGCUAUGUUUUGCCAGGAAAGUUUUAGGCUAGUGCUAUGAAUUGGUUAGCAUCUUGUCAUGGUGAUGUUAUGAGUUGUUGGGCAUUAGAUAUCUCAUAUAUAUAUUCAAGUGAAGGCGUAAAAUACAGGGACUGUCUCUCUCAGUCAUAGUCCUUAGCUGACGUUUGUGCCUCUUGUGGGAGCUCCUUAGUGACUACGGAUGGUGUUUGCUUCUGAUUCUGCUGAUGCCAUGUUGUAUCUGCCACCAGACAGCCAGUUUCGUACGGCGAUCUUAUGCAGGUCUAGUGCUGCAAUCGGAUUGCACAGAUCGAGCACGGGGGUACUAAAAAGGGUGGUUUUCAAAGAUUAGAUUCUUCCAACCCUGUAGUACGCAGCAAAGAUCGACGUUGCUUUCUGAACUUACAGCUUCGUCUUCUUCGUCCACGAUCUAUAGCUAGCUGGUUGGGUUGUUGCUGACUAAAGAGUAGACAACGUGCUAGCUUUUAUGACACGGUUACUGCUAUACCCACAUCGACCAAUUUCGCUAUUGGGAGCCUUGGGAAAGCUUACAUAUGAAAGGUUAAUGAAACACAACAAGGAACAAGAAUUUGGCAAGCCAGAGUUGGGGUUUGAUAUUAUCUGGUAGUUAUCACUCGGCGCAAAUCCUCUUCUUAACAGGAUUUUGGUUCUCAAAUGAAUGUUGCUGGCUCCU